AUGGUAUUUGGUUGCAGUUGCGGGGACAUCUUUAAGGCAAUUUUUAAUUUUUUAAAAAUAUUUAUUUUAAAAUCUUUAAUUAGUUUAAUUUCUCUUGUUUGUAAUGUAUUAAUUGCCUGUGUUUUAUUACGGCCUCGAAAUUCUCAUUUUUUCUUCCUUGGGCUUCUAGCUGUUUCUGAUGCUUUUUUAUCAACUUGUUAUGGACCUGUUAUUGUGAUUAUUCUUGGAACAAUUGAACGUUUUUUAAUUACAUUAAAGUCAUCUUUGCUUACUUGUUUUCGUACUAAUCGUGGUCCUUUGGCUUUAGGAAUGUUCUUAUUAGCUUUAUUACUUAGAGGAACGGCUAUUUUUGAAGUUGAAAUUGUUGCUAAUGGAAAUUGUACGGGUUUAAGUGAAUUCGAACCAAGCCUUACAACGUUAACUAAAAGCUGGUUUUAUGGAACAGUUUUUAGAUUUUAUGUCAGAACUAUUGCUACAGUUUUUGUGCCUUUCUUUUUACUUGCUUAUUUAAAUGCUAGAAUUGUUUUAAUAUUACGGCGUCAAAAACGUUCAGCUGCAAUGUUUCGAUUUGGAAGUGCUUAUGACCAUAAACUUCGUGUUCGUUCAGCAACUCGUUUAUUACUCUUGAUUGUUUGUUCUUAUUUAUUGGCAAAUUUUCCAAAUGUGGCUAUUACUGCUUGGGAAUAUUUAGAUUUAGAUUCAACACAAAGUGAAAACUUUUAUAGUAUAAUAUCAAUGUUAUAUGUUCUAAGUUGUGCCUCUCGUCUUUUAAUUUAUUUAAGUUGUAAUGAAGAAAUUAGAAGUGCAUUUUAUGAUUUUCUUUGUGCAAAUUGGAUAUGUAAAAGGAGAGGGGAAAAUGGAAUUGAAUAUGAAUUUGAUGAAAAAAUUGCUUUACAAAGACACGGAUCUACACAAUAUACUCCUGUAAGGCAAUGUUCUUACAGGUCAUUCAGAGGAGAUUGGUCUAUUGGUGAUUUUCCACCUAUAGGGACAGAUUUUGACCGAGUAGUUGUUGCUAUGGCACUUUCUAGAGUUUCGUCAUUAACAAGUAAUAAGCAAAAAAAUGAGGGAUUAAAAAUUACUAAUGGAGAAGUUAAUGAAAAAGAGCAAAGCCAAUUAGUUAAUACAAAUGGAUUAAAACGACAUCAUUCAUCGAGAAGACGAAUUUCUUCAAGAAGAGGAAGAAGAAAUGAAAAUGGUUUUGCUAAUUCUCCUAACAAUGAUCAAGAUAAUCAAAACAAUGAAAAUCAUAAAAUUGAUUUGAAUCAAGAAGAAAAGCCGGCUUAAUAAUAAAAAUGAUCUCAAAUAAUCCAUCCAUUAAUAUAAAAUUUAUUAUUAAUUUUGUCGAUGUAUAUAA